GCGGGGGACUUUGCCGCCCGUCCACCAGGACCUGGGGAGGAGAACCAGAAGCUCCCGACCCCGGGCCCCUCCACCACCAUUUUGGAUACUCGGCAGGGACGCGCUUGGGGGUCCCGCCGACUUCCAGGACGGACGCGUGCCGCCCUCUUUCCGCCAACUAGGCGGCAACCCGUUUUUGCCGCGGUGACUCUUUGCCUGUGACUCCGUGGAGCCUGGAGCCCCCCGAGAAUGCCGCGGAAGGGACGCGGAGCCGGCGGGGCAGCGCGAUGUCCGCGCAGGAGCUGUCCCCGCGGGAGCUGUCCCUGCAGGCUGCGCGUCUGGCGAAGGCCUGGGAGGAGCUCGGCCAGACAGGUUGGUACUGGGGACGUAUGACUGUUAGUGAGGCCAAGGAGAAAUUAAGAGAGGCACCCGAGGGAACUUUCUUGAUUAGAGAUAGUUCGCAUUCGGACUUCUUACUGACAAUAUCGGUGAAAACAGCAGCUGGACCAACUAAUCUGCGGAUCGAGUAUCAAAAUGGGAAAUUCAGAUUGGACUCUAUCGUGUGUGUCAAGUCCCAGCUUCAGCAGUUUGACAGUGUGGUUCAUCUGAUCGACUACUAUGUUCGUAUGUGCAGGGAGAAGUGGACGAACCGAGCAGCCCACCAGAGCGGCGGCCUUCACCUGUACCUGACCAAGCCGCUGUACACAUCAGCACCACCUCUGCAGCAUCUCUGCAGACUCGCCAUUAACAAACGCACCCGUGCCGUCUGGGAAUUGCCUUUACCGACGAGACUGAAGGGUUACUUGGAAGAAUACAAGUUCCACGUAUAAGUGUUUCUUUUUUUUCUAAACAUGGCUCACGUAGACUAUCUCCAAAGGCAGCUAUGUGAAAGAGAGCCCAAACCUGCCCCGGAUAACAACGCGACAUUCCAAGAACACCUGAGUCAGUCUAACGCAAAUGCAUGACGGAGGUAGCUAGAUAAAGUGCCCAAGGUAUUUCACCUAAGGCUUCUCUUCCUAAAACUAUGAGCAGCUGAACCUUUGAAGUUAAAAGUUAAACGUCUCA